AUGGCAGACAGCCAUGAGAUGACCAUCAACCUUGUUGUCCUUGGAAAAACUCAGACUGGCAAAAGUGCUGCUGGGAACAGCCUGUUGGGCAGCUCAGACUUUGAGAGCCGUCUCUCCCCCAGCUCUGUGACUACGUGCUGCAGCCUCGGACGCAGCAGCCGCAUUUUGGGGCUCAUACGGAGAAAUGGCUGCGAGUCAGCUCUCCGUGUUCGAGUACUGGACACUCCAAGCUACCCUCACAGUGCUCUGAGCAAAGGGCAAGUCAGAGACACGGUGAGAACAGCCCUGGCUCAGCAGUUCGGGGAAGAAGGCCUGCACUUGGCUCUCUUGGUCCUGAGGGCUGACCUGCCUCUGUGUCCAGAUGAAAGCAAUGACACAGUUCAGCUGAUCCAGGAACUUCUGGGGCCCACAUGGAAGGACUUCACUGCAGUUCUACUUACUCACGCAGACAGGGCAGAAGAGGCAGGAUACAAUGAGGAAACAUACUUACACAGUGCCUCAAGUACCCUGUUGUCACUUUUGAGCUCAGUACAGCAUAAAUACAUUUUCCUAGACAACUGCAACAGCACAAUUAAAGAGGAAAGAAAUAUUGUACUAAGAAAGCUCUUGAAUUUUAUACAAAAAAAUAAUUAUCAAGUACUACUUAAACACAGCAAGGAAUAA